GCCGUGCCCGGCCGGGCGGCGGCGGCUAGAGGAGGCCGGAGGCGAGCGCGGGGCCGGCGGCGGGCGCGCAGGGCCGCCCGCAGCCCGCAGGGAGAGCGCGAGCCCGCGCCGGGCCUGGCCGGGUGUCCAGACAGGUGAUGGGUGGUGCGGCGGCAGCGGCUCCAGCCUCGCUCCGGGGUCCCUUUCGGGGCUGACGCCCGCAAAUAUGCAGAAUUACCGGCCUGGUCGCUCCUAGAGCCAGCGCCGGGGAGCGAGCGCGGCGGCGGCCAGCACCGGGAACGCACCAAGGAAGAGGCCCAGCCCCCGCCCUCCGCCCCUUCCGUCCCCACCCCCUACCCGGCGGCCCAGGAGGCUCCCGGCGCGGCGGGCGCGGCGAGCGCGCACUCCCUGCUCCUCCUCCUCGGUGGCGCUGCCUGCCUCUCCGCACUCGCUGCUCGCGCCUGGCGCGCUCCGUCGGCUCCCUGCUCUCCGCGCCACCCUCCUCCGGGCCGCGCUCCCUGAGGGAUGGUACUGAAUCUCGCCGCCACAGGAGCCCGGCUGGAGCGCCCGCCCCGCGGCCUCGCCACCCCGCCGAGCCGCCAGCGCCUCGGGACGCGAUGAGGACCUGGGCUUGUUUGCUGCUCCUCGGCUGCGGAUACCUCGCCAGUGCCCUGGCCGAGGAAGCCGAGAUCCCCCGCGAGGUCAUUGAGAGGCUGGCGCACAGUCAGAUACACAGCAUCCGGGACCUCCAGCGACUCCUGGAGAUAGACUCCGUAGGGGCCGAGGAGCCUCUGGAGACCAGCCUGAGAGCCCACGGGGGCCAUGGCACCAAGCAUGCGCUGGAGAAGCGGCCUGUGCCCAUUCGGAGGAAAAGGAGCAUCGGUGAGCCCCAGGACUGCUGGGCCGGUGGGGGGCUGCGGGAGGGGCUCUGGGGCCUGCCCUCUCCCCCAUUCCCCCAACCGUGGCCUCGGGGGAUCCGUCCCUUCUCUUUUCUGUAAGACAAAGGCACAGCCUGCUCAGGGUCCCGUGCGCGUCCCUCCUCCCUGCUCAUUGCUGCAGGCCUGGCCUGGGCCGAGAGUUUCCAGGAGGGGGGAGCCGUCAUAAAUUCCUGAAGUGCCCGGUCUUGUUGGGGCCUGCGCUGCAGACAGCCUCGCUGGAAGACGGGUCGUGUUUAAUUUCCAGCUCGUAACGUGCAGCACACUGUGCUCCCAGCUGCGCCGCAGAGCAGUGGGUACAGCCGUGCUGGGCCUGGUGGGCCCUUCCCAGGGCCCCAAGCCCACUCAGACCUGGCCCCCCGGCCCCCAUGCAGGGUUUGUUCCCUUUCGCAGAGCAACCCCGGGUCUGCCUGGUCCCUUUAGGAGUGAUUAGCUGGUGGGGGUCUCCUGGGGCCUCAGGCUCAGCCUUGAGGGAAGAUCUUGCCCCAGGGGCGCAGCUGGAGGGCGUGUGACCACCGACUCCCUUGCCACCUGUGGGUCCCGACUGCUGCCCAUCCCCCGUGUGACCUUGGGCAUGUGACUCCCUCUGUCCGAGCUUUAUUUUCUCCAAGAAUAUGGAUUUUAUAGCUUUUACUUCUGGGCGUGGUGUGUGGGUAAAUGAUCCCUAGCUGAGGCCAGCGGGCCCUCCCCGGGUGGCGUUUGCCGUUGUGAACGUGUGUUCCCAUCUCCACGGCCAGGUGCUCUGCUAGGGCUGUUGUGAACGUGU